AUGCCUUCCAUCCUCCUCAUUAAUGGCCCUAAUCUAAAUCUUCUCGGCCUGCGAGAGCCGCAAAUCUACGGAUCCGCUACUCUGCAAGACGUUGAAAACACCUGUCGCGAACUCGCCACUCAGCAUGGAGUACAGCUAGAAAAUUUUCAGAGCAACCAUGAAGGCCAGCUGAUUGACCGGAUCCACGAGGCUCGCACCAAGGUUGACAUCAUCAUCAUCAACCCAGCUGGGUUCACACAUACCAGUGUUGCGCUCCGCGAUGCUCUUUUGGGCGUGGCAAUCCCCUUUAUUGAAGUGCACAUCUCGAAUAUUCACACCAGAGAGAGCUGGCGACACCAUAGUUACUUCUCAGACAAGGCGGCUGCCUGCAUCAUCGGACUAGGGACGUUUGGCUAUGAAGCUGCCGUACAGCAUGCAGUGCGGAAUUUGCUACCCAAAGCUGCUCAAUCCAGCUUAUAA